GGAAUCGUCUGCCAGCAGUCCAGUAAUGCAAGUUCGUGGUUUCCAACUUUGUCUCCUGCAGCUGACGUAUGAUGUUGUCAUAGAGUGGUGUCCCUUGACCGCAGUCGCACAGUGAAACCCAAGACAAUCAAAGAGGAUACCGUCAGAUUUAAAGACAGUAGAGACGCUCAAGAAAAAAUACGAAGAAAAAGCUCAGACAGUUCAACAUUUUGUUGAUACUGUAAUCUGUACAAUAAUGUAAUCUGUAUUUUUGAAAUGUGUAUAUAUAGAUACUCACACAUACAUGUUUAUGACACUGAAUUGGAGAGCGUCGAAUACAAAAUUAUAUUUUGCGCUGGUAUGUCUGAUAUUGUGAAAUGACAAUAAAAUUCAAGUACAUCCACAAAAGAUUGUAAGAAAGCAGUUUUGACCAAAUGAUGAAUUAGAACAAUGGAUAAAAUGUUCAGUUACAUCAGUCCAGCUACUGAGAAAGAGCAGUUUCUCGAACAAGCAAAAGCCCAUCGCGAGGAACGUGCCAUUGAAAGGCAGCGUGAAAAUGCAGCCAUCAAAAUCCAGUCUCUUUUCCGGGGUUUCUUAGAAAGAUCAAGAUGGAAACAGCAAAUAAGAGAGGAGGUGGACAAGAUUCUGUGCAUUCCAGAUAGUCUAGAGGAGGAGUAUUCUCCAUUACUGAUACCAGCAAUACAGUUGCAUGCAGUUAUUCAAAAAUUCUUGUUGAUCAUGGAAGAAAAUGCUGAUGCAAAGAGAUUUGAAUAUCUUUGUCGAUACAUUCUUAAAACCAUGGACAGUGAAAAUAUCAAAAUUUGUUAUGCUUCGCUUGCAAUGAACAAAAGCCAUCUGCUGCGGUGGCUUAACCAGCUCAAGGAUGUUCUUUGGAGGUGUUGCCUCUGCUUGAAGACACUGAGGCCUGAGAACCAUGCAGACAUGCGCAUUGUCAUGGUGCACCUUAGCAUGCUGGUGACUUUCACAAGUACAGCAAACUGGAAAGCCCUUAAGUUAAAAGCAGGUGAGAUGCUGGUGAACAGUCUGUCUCAGAUAUGCAAUAAUGUCAUGGGCCACCUGAAUUCUAAAGGGCUGUAUAACAUUUUAGAGGUUCUCCUUACAAACGGUCUUGUAAGGUCCAAACCUGUCUUCAACAAGGCUACAUUGACAGCUAUAAUUACAGUUGCCAUCAGACCACUUCUGGGUUCUAAUUUCUCAGAGAAUCUGAUGAACGUUUUUCUGCUGCACAUUCUCUCAGUUCCAGCCAUCAUUCUUCAUUUGUCAACUAUUUCACCUGAUUGUUUGGAGCUCUUGGUAACUCACAGACUGUUCAAACGAAGUUUGGAGCUUCUGACCUGUGAGCAGAGCACUCGCAUCAUCUUUAACAGCUUGGAGGGCAACUAUGCUCUCUGUCUCAUGGGCAAUUUGAUUCAGCUUGGUUAUAAAGAACUGGAGGGACUUGUUGAAAACACCGCAGAUUUCAUGACUGUGAUGAUUAGGCAUCUUGAGAGGUGCAAACUAUACGUUCAAAGCAAGCAAUCCAACCUGACACACUGGCACCCAGUCCUGGGCUGGUUUUCACAAACCACCAAUCAGAGGCUUCAUGAAGCAAUGCCAUUUGUUGUCCAACAAUUACAGUUGCUUUGGAGUGAGCGUAUGAUUCGCCUCUUGUUUACUCCUCUUCUUGAGUAUGUGCAACUAAACUCCACUAUGCACCCACAAAGCAAAGGAGGAUCUGGAGCCUCACCAACAAAAAAUAUCUUGAAGAAGGCAUUUGAAAAAGCUGCAUCAAAGACAAGUGGUCCCAAGAUUAGACUUGAAAGUUCAAUCUCUAUGGCAACAUUCUUGCCCUGUGCUUUAUACAGAACUGCACUGCAGACUCUUACAGAACUUCGCAUGGACAUUUUAGGAGGGCUUAGCUACACUGACACUCUGUUGCCUAUCUUGUGGCGGUUUUUGUGUGACUUGGGACCCACAUGUGGGCUGAAGACAUUUGUAGAGCUGAUGUCACAGGCCCCUAACUCCACCAUGCACCCUGUCUUCUCUCUUCUUACUCUCUUCUGUGAAACAGCAAGCCACCUCAUCAUAACACUUGAUGACAUGGAGCUGUAUGAGCAGCAACAUGUAUUCCACAUGGCUGACUACGUCAAAAUGAGUGAAUUCCUCAAUCUUCUUGUGUUCAGAAUUAUCUGGCAUUCAUUAAUAGACAUCCAGGUUGCAUCCAGCAGUGAUGCAUUUAAUGCAGCCUUAACGCUUCUCAGGAUUCUCCGGGAAAGAGAUGCAAGACGUAGUUUUGCUUCUUCCGAGCACUGGCUUGUCAGAGACAUAAAACCAAGUCACUUUGUGAGUGAACUGGAGCAUGGAAAGAAGGCCGCUCAAUUCCUUAUGCAGCAUGUUCCUCAUAUCAUUCCAUUUAGCGAGCGAGUCUUACUUUUCCGCAAGAAUGUUCUGAAGGAAAAAGAUGCACUAGGACUGACAGAAUCAGCCUGUACCUCACCACAGUCCACACUGAUCACUGUUCAUCGAAGUCGCAUUGUGGAGGAUGGAUAUCGCCAGCUGGCACAACUACAGUCUAGAAGCCUGAAAGGACUUAUUCGAGUGAAGUUCAUCAAUGAACAUGGAUUGGAUGAAGCAGGUAUUGACCAGGAUGGUGUGUUCAAGGAAUUCCUUGAAGAGACUAUUUCAAGAGUUUUUGAUCCAGGUUUAAAUCUGUUUAAGGUGACAUCCGAACAAAAGCUGUACCCAUCGUCCACAUCCUACAUUCAGGAGAAUCAUCUUCAACUCUUUGAGUUUAUUGGAAAGAUGCUGGGCAAAGCAGUCUAUGAAGGUAUUGUUGUGGAUGUUCCAUUUGCACCUUUUUUCCUGACACAAAUGCUUGGGCAUCAGCAGAGCUGCACCUACAGUUCCCUGGAUGAGCUUCCCUCUCUUGAUGCUGACUUGGCAAAAAGCCUGACCUACAUAAAGCAUUAUGAAGGUGAUGUCAGUGACCUAGACUUGACCUUUUCUUGUGAUGAAGACUGUAUGGGUCGAUUGGAAACACAUGAGCUGGUGGCUGGUGGUCGAGCUAUUCCCGUGACAAAUGAAAACAAGAUUCGUUACGUACACUUGAUGGCCCACUUCAGAAUGUUUCGUCAAAUCAAGGACCAGACACUGGCAUUUAUUCGUGGGUUCAAAGCUGUGGUGCACACAGAGUGGUUAUGCAUGUUCUCAGCCCCUGAACUGCAGAAACUGAUCUCAGGUGAUACAGAUGCACUGGACAUGGAGGAUCUCAGGAGGCACACACAUUAUUAUGGUGGCUACCACAACAACCACAAGGUGAUCAACUGGCUUUGGGAUAUCCUUAGCCAUGACUUCAACCAAGAGGAGCGUAGCCUUUUUCUGAAGUUUGUGACAAGCUGUUCCAAGCCACCUUUACUGGGCUUUGCUCACUUGGAGCCUCCAUUUUCCAUCCGAUGUGUGGAAGUUUGUGAUGACCAGGACACCGGGGAUACGGUUGGCUCUGUUCUAAAAGGUUUUUUCAACAUCAAGAAGAAAGAUGCAGGUGGUAGGCUACCCACCUCUUCCACCUGCUUCAACCUCCUGAAGUUGCCCAAUUACUCCAAAAAAUCAGUUUUACGUGACAAAUUGCGCUAUGCUAUCCAUUCUCACUCUGGAUUUGAAAUAUCAUGAUCAUUUUUGCAUUACAACGAUCUCUGAUACGGAGCAGAGGGACUUGGUGAGCAAUAGAGGGGUCACAAAAUUUGGCUUCAGCAGUGCACUGGUGAACUACUAAGCUAAGUGAUCGUCUUAUACUUUUUAAAAAUUUAAAAUGAUCGUUAUUAAUUUGUUAAAUGUUGGAAUGAAAAGAUGGUAUCAAAAGUUACCAUUUCUUUGAUCAGCAGACAUACUUUCAAUAUACUUGAACUGUUAUCUUGGCCACAGUUUGUUGUGGUAACUGAAGGAGGAAGAUAAUUAUCCAGUAUCAAUGCUCUUGUACAGCAAAAAAAUUAUUUAAACAGUGAGUCAGCCCUCACUCAGUUUUCUCUUCGUGCAUCAAAACAAUUUCUACCAAAAAAAAAAUUAUUUAAAAAAACCUGCAAUGUGCAAUAUAUCUCAGCCAACAGGCAAGCUUAUUGAAUUGUACACAUCGUAGUAAUUCAUGACAGUCACUGAUGUAAAAUAAACAAUGCAAAGACUUCAGCCAUUAGUACAGGGUGAUCUUGUGACCUUACAGUUGUAGGGUAGUGAGGUUUUCGAACCUUCAUAUAGGGUCAGCUUUUGGGCGGUGCCCAUCUCCCUUGCUGCCUUUUAUUCCCACAACCUUCUCCAAAAAGUCAGGUACCCACUCCACAGCUGGGGAGUAUGCUGCAUACACAGAUGUCAAACCAACUGGUGUAUGCUCUCUUGAGACUACAUGCAGUUGCUCAAACCAUAGACUCUCUGCCUCUCUGGUUAAUGAUGUAUCAGAUCCUUUGUAGAUUUUUAAAAAUUUUAGAUUCAUGGGUUAGUGAAACACAGGUGUUAUAGGGUAUUGUUGUAAAUGGUGAAAGUUGGGGUACGAGAUUUCUAGAAAAUAUUUACACUUUCAAGGUAGCUUGAGUAGUCACAAGUCUUCAAGGAAAAAAAAAAAAA